ACCCAAUGGCUCGCGCGAUGCGCGCCUCUCGAAUUCCCCCUUUCCGGGCGGGCCACAGGACACUAGUGCCUGCUUGCAGCUUGUCUUCCUUGCGGCCGAGGCUCUGUUUUGCACUCCGUUGAUCUUACUCGGGUCGAGGCGCCACUGUUCAGCUGAUAAGCUGACUGCUUCUGAAGGCUUCGUUGCUGGCUCUGCUGCCACAUACUUCCAGGUCCUUCUUUCACGGGCCUCCGACCUUUGUUGAUUCCCUCUGGUUAACGACUUAUGAACACCCGUGCGCCAGUCUUUCAGCAUGCUCCUCAAACUCGUCCCCGUCGCGCCGCAGCCUACGGUGCUCUUCUCCCUCUCGUUUCAGAACAUUGAGACGCGGGGCGUCGAAAGCAUCCCGCCGGCAUGGGACAACCAGCUCAAGUCGCUUCUGAUGGACGAACUCGAAGUCCCCCAAGGGACCCAUGCAUUAGACAAGGCAGCGGGUAUCCCGAGCUUGCUGGACGAGGUGUCGCUCGACAUCCCGUCGCUGACGGUGUCGUGUCGCUUCCUCGACGGCGCGCUCGAGGAGUGGCCUCUCAUGGAGAGGGACUGCUUGGAGAGGCUGGAUCGCGUCGUUGCCGACGUGAGCCAAUCGGCCGAGGAGGCACAAAGGGAACAGCGUCGCGCUGAGAUCAUCAAGGAGAUCGAUGCCGAACGGCUUCGCGAGCAGACCCAACUCGACACGCCCGCGCAAGUGCGGCACAAGAAGCAUAAGUCGCUGCUGAAGUCGAUGUUCUCGUCGAAGAAGUAUCACCACCUAGCCUUACCCGCGUCGGCGUCUUUCCCAUCCAUUCUUCCUCCUAUGAAAUCCGCCGAGCAGGCCCUAGAGGAGCUUGAUGCGGCCUCGUCGGGCAUGUCGGCGCGUGCGUUGCGACGUAGGGCGCGAUCUACGUUUGUCGACGUCUUUCGCCGCUACGUCCUUCCCGAGCUGUCCUCUCGAUUCCCUCCCGGGGGCUACUAUACUUGGGUGACGGCGAGCAUGAUCCGUCGGGCCCACGCGCGCAUGGACGAACUCAUUCGAUUGCCUGAAGCCAACGUGUCAUACCACCGCGCUCACAUGCCCGUGCCCGCUGCCUUCGCCUCCACCUCCACGCCUACGAGCCCUGCCAUCGCCCUGCCAUCCGAUGACGACGAUGAUGAGACGGAUACGGAUGGGUGCUCGAUCCGUACGCCGACGGGCUCCGAGAUGCCGUCCUGGCGACAGUCGUACUACUCGUCGAUCUCAUCGUGCUCGUCGUUCGCGUCGGUCAUUGGCGAGGCGCAGCAGCGCCUGGGCCCGCAGGACCGGGAAGAGUACGAGGCAUUCUCGACGCUGGUCCGGCGGCUGCAGCACCUGCUAAUCGAGGCGCAGUACCGGCGGGAGCAGGAGGAGGACGAGCUACGCGCACAGGAGGCGGUGAUCGAAGUACGGAGCCGGCGGCGCGCAUGGCUGAACAAGCAGCUGGUUGGGUCAGGAAUGCACGACCUGGGUCACUCGUCGCCGUACCAAAGCUCGCGGCUGUCGCAGGCGUCGUGGUCGGCUGAGGACUUUGAGUUCGAGUACGAGCCUGCGCCACUGUCGACAAUGCGCCACCUGAUCUACGAGACCGACUCGGAGGUGGACGAUGAGGACGAGGAUGCGCGUGAGCUGGAGUUGGCGCUCGACCUGAAGACGCACGGAAUCUCGUUGCGGCGGCGGUUGGACGAGGGAGGAGGAGUGGAGGUUCGGAAACCGGCGCUGCCGGUAGACGUCGCGCUCCUGCGGCGAAUGGAGCUGGGGCUCGAGGAGAGCCUGCGCGGCCCUGUGCAUAUCGUUGGCCACGACGAGUGGCCGGUGGAGGGUGACUACUGAGUUACGCCUCCUGGGACACUGUUCGCGGCGGUGGUAUACCAUCGCUGGUCACGACACGAAAAGUCACUCGUUUAUUCUGCUUCCCUUUCUCAAUCCUAUUCCUCCUUCACGCAUACGACGGCCUCACCUGUGUCAUGGUCUCCUUCCUCAUCUCCGCCAUGGUCUCUAUCCUCGCCCAUGGUCGUCUUCACCAUGUUCAUGGUCUCCUCACCUCUCUUCAUGAAUUUGCAACACGCAUACAUACUUAUCGGGUCUCCUGCAUGCUCAUUGCUAAUGUGUAUACUAGCCGUCUCUCCGCCUAUCAUCUGCUACUUGCAUGCUUUACACAUCGACUCGCCGUGCAUCCUCACAUCGACGCACUUGUUUCUCUUGCAUCACUUCCCUAUACAUUCUUGUUGGACUCUAGUCGUUUUAUGAUAUUUGUGGUUUGGUGAUACCAGUGCUUUUAACAACUGAGUGGGAACGAGGGCGA